AAGCUGGCACGUUUGCUAUAUCGAGGCACGUCAUUGGUCAAUCGCGGUCUAUUCACCACGCCAUCCGCAUACACAUACCGCACGGCCAAGCACCGAGUACUAUACGUGUAUGCUAUCACUGUGCACUGUAAUACACACGCUCAUGCUCAUAGCUGCGAUGACAGUGUUGGCGACCAACGUGACGGUCAUGCUUUGCUGGAAUUGCGAUGACAUGACCACUCUGCGAUACCCUCACGCCGUGACUUCAAAAACAUAAACACAGCGGUUGCUUCCUAUAGUUUACGUCGAGAUUCUGUCCAAGCUGACCGCCCAUGCGAUGUGGUCCGCCUGAUAUUGUGACGGGCUCAAUGAACGAUAGGUAAAACAGAAAAGUUGACUACAGCGACCACAUCUGUCUUGAUGCUGCUCUGAUUGGACCUGAAACUUCCAACUCCCCGUGCAGCGUGCAGUCUUUGACAGCGUGCAAAGCUAACUUGUAGACUUGACGGGUUUCGCUUCAGCGCGAGCAAGCACCUUGCGGUGCAUGCCAUAACACACGAGGCUCUACUUGUGCCGACUUCGUUUGGGUUCCGAACUCGAGGUAGUUUCCUCAAACCAGCCAUCAACAUGUUGACAGCGCAGUCCAAACUGUUUUACCAGCUCAAUCGGUAUGUCAACGAGAGAGUGGCCGCUCGGAAGGCCAGCAUCUCCAAAACCAUUCGCGAGGUGUGCAAGAUCGUUACCGAUGUCCUCAAGGAAGUGGAAGUGCAAGAGCCCCGCUUCAUCAGCUCCUUGGUCGAGACAGAGACAGGCAGGUUUGAGGGGUUGGAAGUCAUCUCGCCCACCGAGUUUGAAGUGGUGUUGUUCCUCAAUCAAAUGGGAGUGUUUAACUUUGUGGACGACGGCUCAGUGCCCGGCUGUGCAGUGCUGAAGCUCAGUGACGGCCGUAAGCGCUCCAUGUCCCUCUGGGUGGAGUUCAUCACAGCGUCGGGCUACCUGUCGGCCAGGAAGAUCCGUUCCCGGUUCCAGACCUUGGUGGCCCAGGCUGUGGACAAAUGCAAGUACCGGGACAUUGUCAAGAUGAUCCCAGACACCACCGAGGUAAAGUUGAGAAUACGCGAGCGCUACGUCGUGCUCAUCACUCCGGCGUUCAAGUGCAGUGGUAUCUGGCCGCGCAGUGCAGCACACUGGCCAUUGCCACAUAUCCCCUGGCCUGUGCCCGGCCUCAUUGCGGAGGUGAAAACCGAGGGAUUCAAUCUCCUGUCCAAAGAGAGCCCGUCCCAGGCUGGCAAACAGUCCUCAGCUGAGGGAGAUGCAUGGGUUUUGUCGUUCACAGACGCCGAGAACAAACUGCUCCAGGGUGGCGUCAGAAGAAAAUGCCUCAGCAUCUUGAAAACACUGCGAGACAAGCACCUGGAGAGCACGGGACAGCCAGUCAAGAACUACCAUCUUAAGACACUACUCCUAUACGAGUGCGAGAAACAUCCCCGUGAAAUUGACUGGGAUGAGAUGUGCUUAGGCGACCGCAUCAAUGGUAUUCUCUUGCAGCUCAUUUCAUGCCUACAGAAUCGCAGAUGUCCCCAUUACUUUCUCCACGGACUUGACCUCUUCAGCAACAAGCCGCACCAUUUGUUGGACACUGCAGCCAAACAGGCGUGGAGAAUAGCCCGAGAGAUUCUGACCAACCCACGGAGUCUCGAAAAACUAUGACCGUAAUCUCCAUGCCAAACCCGCGAACAGGUGAAUGGUAGUACGGAAAAUGUGCACUACAAACCAAGCAUCACCGCCACCCGGGAACGAAUCAUGACCGGGCGCAGAGAGAAACAGUGACGCGGAGCAGCGACGCGUUAGACGGGGACGCUGUGACGGCGGAGACGCGGUGAACACUGCCGAGCGCAAAGUGAUCAACACCCAGGAUUCAAUUUCAAACAGUUGACUCGUACUCUGCAAAACUACGGUGAUGAGACGUCCUAGACUCUGAAACAUUCUGAUGUAUACUAGAUUCUAUGUAUAAUUGUGAAGCGAAAGUGUUUUUUGACGCAAAUGGAGCGGAGUUUUACAGACAAUGAAUCAGAUGUCACAAAACAUUUCCUGCGGAUAGAUUGUCAGUGAGUACAUUAAAAUCAGAUACAAGUUUAGUAAGUGUAGUAGUGCCAGUCUUUCGAUACAUGUUCGGGGGGAACGUGUGAUGUCUGAGGUUUGGCAAAAACACUGAUGCUCAAAAUGUAAAUUUGUUCAGAAUUUGACACGAAUGUCCCCCUUUUGAAACAAAACUGAAGUUGUCAAUGUCGAAAACCGUACUUCUCCGAAUGUUCAUGUUCCUGCAUUACGUAGUAAUGAUAGCUGAGCCACUUCGUGUUUUUUGCAUUAUCUGCGUUGCAGUCUGAUGUAAGCAUAAGUUAUUGACUGUGAAAGUAACGAAUAAGUAAGCGAUGGUAGUAACUAUAGUUACAAAAUCAAAAAAGUGGAGCUCAAUUAAAGACUUAGGACAUAAUUAGUCCGUCCUUGAUGUAAUAUUCCUGAAUUAUUUACACUUCCAAUGGACUAACACUUAACGGUCAAUCUAUGUCACUGUACAUCCCUGCUCCAGAAAUUUUCAAUGAUUUCGAAGUUUCAAUAAAAGAAAUCUUAGUUAAAUUUAAUGAUCACCGUGAAACUGCGUCAUUCAGAAAAAAAACAGUCAAAAGUUCACGAUAGUUUUGUUCGAAGUUGGAAGGCUGACCGUCUGGUACUGAUUCAGUAUCGGCGAUGAUGAGAUUAAACCUGAGCCUACUGGUAAGACGAAAAGGAAAACUUGAUUACUCUAUCAGAGACAACAGAUCAUUCCGAACCUGAAUCGACCAAAGUAUCGCCUAGACCAUUAAUACUGUGAUGCGAGGGCUGCCUUGUUCAGCCCCUCCACUGAAUCACAGGAAGUCGCGACUAGGAUGUAGCAAAAAUCGGAUAACUAGUAGUAAGUGAUCGCGGUGGAAUAUCUGGCAGUACUUGAGUGUGUAGUACUACACGCGUUCAGCCUUCCGUGGCCUUGACCUUGCAAAAAAGGAACAGCACAUGCACCCAAACGCGUAAACAUUGAACAGGUUUAAGCCAAUGAUAAUGUUCCUCUGUUACGUUAGUUUUAGUGAAAAUAACCCGUGUUUCAGAAUGUCUGCCACACAUCAGCAAAAGGCAUGUACACUUGCCAAACCCCCAAUCAGCAUUUUCGCGUCAAUCUAAUCAAAACAGCGCUAAAAAGGCUAAGUUUGUUUUGUAUUUUAAAACAACUUACAUAAGUGAUAAUUUUGGGGAAAAUGCAACGUACUGGGCUUGUUCUACAACCGCUUGUUAGAAAGUAAGACAUUCGUCAUUAUAAAGCAACACAAUUAACGACCAGUUUCGAUUAGUGACAUGUAAUACUCGGUAAAAGUGUUGCAUUAAAUAUGCGCAAGUAUUAGGGUAGCAAGUAGGGUGUUGAUAAUGUUACAUGCAAUGUAGCUGAACCAUGACACUGACAAAGAUGUCGUGUCGGCUGCCUAAACAGUUGCCGUAGCAUGUCAUGUCAUACACGCCCACAUGCUGUCACUACACCGACAUUCAGCCCAGUUCACCGGCCAAACUAGAAAAACGGUUGUAACCUUAACCAGAACCACUCGGGAAUUUGAUACCAAUACAACUUAAUGGAAUGUUGGCGAUGGGCCUAUACCUCUGCUGUAGGAAUUAAUAUGAGAAGCAAUGCAUUGCUACCCUUCUGCUUCCUAAUUUUGGUAGGAAAACGAACUGUGUUGACUUUUACGUUCAGUCCUGCUCUUAAUGGAUUUGGAGAAUAAUUUCUGAACAGAAUGCCGUACAAAAUCAAAUCUAAAGAUAAUCGAAUGCCAACUACGAUGUCCUUGUAACACUAUUUGUAAGUAGUCCCAAAAGUGUCAACCCCCAAUUGUUGUUGUUUUUCACCCUUUUUUUAAAAAUUGUGUCAGAAGACUUCCUCACUAAUGUUUCUUAAAUACCAAGUCUUAAAAAGUUUGAUGCCAUAAUCCUCGUUCGUAUCAGGGCUUUAAUAAUGCUUGUCUUUGGGCAGCGUAUGUUGACAUAAUUUGCAGAUGACUGUAUCGGAACAAAUGAAGUUUAUACACGGAGUUUGGCCAUUUCCGCAAUGGAGAGCCAAAAUCUGGAUAAGACGGGAUAAUUUCAGCUCCGAAUUUUCGAAUACGGCCGCCAUGCUCGAAAUGUUUCCACAAAGAAUGGGAAAAUCGCAUGCACAGCAUGAACACCACUGAAACGAUCAACUUCAAAACAUGUACAUUUAAUACUCUCCCCCCAAAGGAAACCAGUACAUGUAAAAGUUUUGCUUUUCUUGUCUUCACAUUUAAGUACUUCAUUCCAACUGAGAACAGCUGGUCAAAAGUUAGAGUGGAUUGGCAGAAACGCUUCCCGACAACGUACAUGCCCAUAUUGGCUAACUGUAUGAUUCUUGUUGGCAUUUUAAAAACAAGGUCUGACUUUAAUUCAUCCGAGUCCAUAACAUGAUCCGCGUGUGGUAAAAGAUAUGCUAUCGCAGUGUGCAUGGUAAUGGAAAGGGAGCGUUAUCGCCAAAACUCAGACUCGAAAUGGUCACUAUAAAGGAUUCAAACACGACGGGUUAAGAAUCAGUUUCAGAACAAAUUUGUAGGUUUUGUCAUAUUCAAGAUCAGAUUGUGCAAAGGUUCGAGUUUUAACACGCUUUCUGUUAGCUUGUGUGGAUCUGGAAAUCGAAUUACAUUUGUAAUAGUAUUUAGCUGAGGUCUUGGUAAUUUAUUUGCAGUCCGCGUUCGCAUGGUUCGUGUGUAUAAACGUAAUGGUUUUAAACGCAUCUUGAUGGACGUCUUGCAACUUUGGACAUUGUUUUUUCAAUUUGUUAACCAUCAGCAUUUCGUGAACGUUGCUUUAUGCGGAUCUACUACUAAAAGGGAUGCAUUUGAGAAAUGUGCUCAACGUCUACGCAUAUCUGCAGUAGGCAGUGCAGUACUUUAUAAUACUGCACACAUUUUGGGGUGAUAUUUUUUAAGGAACCACUCUGUAGCUAACGAAAGCAAAUUGAUGUAUUGGAGUAUGGAUGCCAUGGUGACUAGGAUAUAAAUAGCAGCUUAACACAAUAUUAUUGUAUGUUGAAGAUUUGUGAAGAUGAUUUUGAUGUUUUCAGAGAAGCCGAGAGGGCGUUCUGAAAUAAAACUCAGCAACAGUGUAAGAACAAAAUGGCGACGAUAUCAUGUUUUUUUCUGCUUUGGUUUUGUGGUGUAGUACUGUUGUAAAACGUUACCUUUUCGUAUAAUUACAACAUAAAAGUGUCUUCCAUAAACUACUAAGUUUAAAAUGUUUAAGAACAAAGCUAGCACAAUUUGCCCAGACAAUUUGUUAAUGCUUUAAGAAGUUAGUGGAAGAACAUCCAGAGUUAUAUGAAUCAAGGCUAUUGUGUUGCAAAAACUUUUUAAAACAUAUAAUCUUUGAAUGCUAAGUUUACUGGCUCUGAUGAAGCGACGAUCGUUCUACAUGCACGCGUAUAUAGAGUUACUUUCUGAUUGCAAAAGCCAAUAUCAUUAUGUACACAUCUUUCUAGGUCUGCUACUAGAUCCGAAUUCAUCGCACAACAGUGCGUUAUGUGUAUGAAAGUGGAGAAAUAACUAACAAUUUAACAAACAUGAAAUAAAAUUGAGUCCAGCGUGUAAUCUGAGAAUACCAGCAAUGAAAAUCGCCUCGGUCAGUUGUGCACAACUUAGGAUGGUCGAACUAUCAGAGUUCGAUUUUGCCACGUCAUCGUUAUAAACCACGUGAGCAGUGGACAAUUAUUUGUCCAGAUGCCCCAACAAAGCACGAAGAAAAAAAAGGGACAGGAAAAUGUCCCAUUCUGCUCUGGAUUAAUGGGCAACAACAUUUCAUGAGCGGGGAUGUGAGUGGCAAUAUACUGUAAAGCUAAAACAGCUAGCAAAACGCUGAAAUUUAAAAGAUCCCAUAAUACAUGUACUGUACAAAGUAGUUGUACAAAAAAGCUGAAAUUAUGAGUAAAAAAACUAAGCACAAAAAGCAGAAAUCAUCUGAAAUGCUGAAUUCUCACACUCCUGCAUGAGGUAUUUGGUCUUGUUUUUUUUUUACUUUUUACCCACUUUUUGCAGACAGAGAUACAUGUUUGAAUACGACGGUGGCGGUCGAGCAACUGGCACGCACAGCACGCAACAGCGCGUGGUUCAUGCUAUCAAUGACAGGAGCCCGUUUCUUGUCCGUCUGGUUCCACUGUUUGUGUUAAGCGGGCGAGGCCGUAAAGUCACCGCCACAACAAGGGCUUUUUUCCCAGAUGGGUUACGCCAACUUAAUCGACACUAGUGCCAUGGUGUCGCUUAAGUUAGUGAUCCGGGUUAGGCUUCACUUAGGGUGUUUAUGAGGACAAACUUGUACAUCUUCCCUCAAUGAAACACAGAUAAACAGUUAAAUUUUCGUAAUUUACCGUCAUGUCUUGUAUUUCCGAAUUGACACAGGAUUCUUCAGCGUUCAACUUUUUGAAUAGUUGUGGCUGGAGUUACAGAUAGAGCCUGAGGAAGUCACGCUUGCAACUAGUUCAGCCGUUCUAUGGGAUAAUUAAACUGUUCUAUGAUAAGUCGCGAGCGACAAAUGAAAACAUCAACGUUAUACUCGUUAGGAUUACUGGUGGGAAACCACAGCACCAGCUGUAUUAUUUUAAUAUUUGCACAAUUAAAAUUGCAGUGGCAUCCCGCUA